AUGUCUGAAUCAUUCAUUGAUAGCGAGAGAUUCUCAAAUAGAGAGAUACAGGUGUUUGAUAGGAUAUUCAAGUCAAUCGAUUUGGAAUCAAAGGGAUACUUCACAAGGGAUGACUAUCAGAGAUAUAUAGAUUCCUUGAAGAGUCGCAGUACAACAUUAUCAAAGAUAGCUUCAUUGCCAUCAUUCGAUAACUAUCUAUUAUAUCAAAAUAGUACAGUUGUUACCUAUCACAACUUCUUGACAACUCUAAGUCUCGUUGGUAUAAGGUUAACAUUCAAAGACUCAGAGGGUGAUGCAUCCAAUGUGCCAAGGGCAUCAAUGAUGUCUAGUACACCAAUAUAUAGUGCCAACACCAUCACAUUGCCAGCAACAGACAUUAGAAUUAAACAACAACAACAACCACAAUUUCAUCAGCAUCUACAUCAAUUGGAUACCAAGUCAAAGUCAUCGCAAGACUCUUCAUCUUCAUCAUCACCUGCGGCCAAUGUUAAAAAGACACAACCAGAGUUGCCAACAACUACAACAACACCAUCUGUAUCCAACAAUGUACCAACGACCAAGACCAAAGCUGCAUCAUCACUAUCCAUUAGCAAAGUACCAUCAUCAUCAUCAUCAAACGUGGCCACAGGACAACAACCAUCAAUACGUUCUGCAUCAUCUCUCUCAAUCAACAAGGUACCAACACAACAACAACAACAACAUGUAUUAGUUCAACAAAAAUCAUCAUCAUCAUCAAGCAAAGUACCUGCAAAGACUGGAUCGGCAUUAUUCUCUAAACUUCCGGCAGCCCCUCCACCUGCACCAAAGGAGGAGGAGCCGGCACAAGAGCAGAGUGAACAACUUUCGCCACCAUCAAGCAAGUCAAGACUGGACAAGCUUGGCUUCCACAGGGAUUCAUCAAGGAAAUAG